UCUCAAGUUGAGAUGAUGCGUGCAUUUUUGAGUGGAAACUGAAGGACUGUGAAGCUGAAGUAGCUGGAGUGGUCAGCACUAAUUGGCUCAAAGACACGUUCCUUCUCUCUCUCUCUUGCUCUCUCUCUCUUCAAACGAGAGCACCAGAAGUUCUACCCAGAUCUGAGGGCCAAGGAGUGCUAUGUCGAAUCCGUGUUCCGCCAUUCUGGAGCUGCUGGGUAUGGCCGUGGGGGUGGGGGCAUGGCUCUGCUCGCUUGCUGCUACAAUCAUGCCCAAUUGGCUGACCCUCUCCACUGAGCUACUGGUUGUUGAGAGCUAUGAAGUCGGCCUGUGGGAGUCCUGUGUGGUGCAGGAGGGGGCAGUAACCGAGUGUCGUGCCUUUGAAACCCUGCUGGGUCUGUCGCUAAACCUCACACUGGCACGCAUCUGCAUGUGCAUUUCAGAUGCCAUAGGAAUUCUGGGCCUCCUGAUUGCUGUCCCAGGUCUGAGACUGGUGAAAAGUUGUGGGGGGUCACAGGGAUGGCGGGUGAAGCGCGGCAUCAAGAUCACGGCAGGGGUGAUGGGCCUGACAGCUGGCAUCCUUGAACUCUUUCCUGUCUCCAAUGUCGCCCAUGAGACCGUUUUGAAGUUCCAUGAUCACACAGUGCCUCAUACUGUGCCUCGCUGGGAGUUUGGCGACGCGUUGUUCAUCGGCUGGGCUGCAGGAUUUUUUUAUAUCAUCUCUGCAGUGUUGUUCUUCGUUUCAUGUUGCGGUUCGGAAGAGAACGAGAUGCACAUAGAGUACCACCAUCACCCAGAAAAGUUUCAGCCUGAGAACUCCUCAUCCAAAAAGCGUGUAGAGUACGUUUAGCAAGUGCUAGGAACCAUUCAGAGUGUUUCUAAUGUGACAGGACAGAUGAACUGAAGAAUUUCCCUCUAUAAUGUACACUGCUCUCUCUUUUCUUUGGUCACUGCAGUCCAACAGGUAACGGUGAUUAACUCUAUGGGUAUGUGAUAAUAUCUCUGCACUGCACUCCAAUUAGUAAUAGCUUUCUAUUUUCAGCUGGCGUGAAUUAAUAUGCUUAAACUGCUUAAACAUAUGUACACAGCUUUUCUUUUCCCUAAGAGAUAUUUUCUGAUUUUCCAUCUAGCAGUGCAUAGUGUGCAGUGGUACAUAUAUUUGGUGAUAUAUUUAGAAUGUACAAUAGUAUAGUUUCAUAUUUACAGUGACAAAUCGUUUGAGUGUAUUUCUGUAGAUACUAUUAUUUACCUAGAUAUCAUACAUGUUAUUAGGUUACAAUAGUAAUAAAGUAUCUGCAAGAAAAACUGCUUGUUGGGAAAAUGAGCUCUUAAGAAACAGGUUCAUGUCAGUUACAAAUGCAGCUCUUGUAGUUUAGUUAUCAUGUGACUGGGAGAAAAAUAGCACCUGACCAACGUCUCCUGUUGAUUCAUAAUAACGCAAUAAUCUAGAAUGAAAAGUCCUAUUUCGGUUGAAUGCAUGCAUGUCACUUGGUAAGCUCUUCGUGUAAGAAACGGGGUAGCUUUUGGCAGGGUUUGGAAGAAGGUUAAGGGUGUGCUUUAGUCUAAUUGCAUCUGAUGGUCUCUCCAUAUCAGCAAGUGGAUUAAGCUGCAUUUAAUGAAGUCCCUAACGAACAGUAUGUCCUAAUGAGGAAUGCCAAACAGAACCACCCUGCUGCCUCCUCUUUAUGUUGAUUACCCUGAUUUGACCUCAUGAAGGGUACAACUGGCCAGUUUAUCCUGGGGAAAAAAUACAAGAGAAUGUGACUCAGAAAUGAGACAUUUGUCUCAUUCUUAGAAAAGAUAAUCACUUUUUCAGACUCUUGUCUUCACUAGGCUUUCAAAAACACAUUAACUUUAAAUGUGAUGUGUAUGAAUUAUACAAGAGUCAAUUUGAUUUAACUUUCCUAUUAUGUUGGAGAAAAAAAGUUAAAUCCAUUAUGUUAUGGGUCAAAAUGACUUUGACAGUUUAAAUACACACAAAAACAGCAAAGAACAGCUUAAAACAGUAAACCUUUAUUAUGGCUUGUCUGAG